AUGCCGGUUCCGGGUCAUGCUGUAAUACAAGGCAACGAGUAUGCUGAUGACAGAGCCAAAGAAGCCGCUAAAGAACCCCUACACAUCAGUGCAUAUUUCACCAAGAAAGAUAUUUGGAACAUUAUAGAAAAACCUGUUAAGGAAAUGUGCAAUAGUAAAUCGAAUAAUUACCAAUACCACUACAAAAAGCAUAAUCCUACUGGCAUCAAAGCCUUAUAUCCUACACACGUGUCUUCUCACAGCCUCAAGAUAUGCUACUUGAAUUGUGCAUUACCUUCUACUACGACCACUUCGACAACAACAACAUCACCUAUAACAUCUCCAGCGAUUGAAAGACACCAGCUGCAACAACAACAGCAAUCUCAGCAAUCGCCUAAAAUUAAUAAAUCUAUUCAGGAAACUUGGUCACUGCGCACAGUUUCCAUGUUGCAACAGGAUUCAUUGGUACUCGUUGAUAUCGCCUGGGAAGCGUUAAAUACGCCCAAUCAGUGUCUCAUUAGCUGGGAGGUUUCCGGUGGCGGUUUAAUGGGUAACCUCUUGACAGAGUCAUCGAAUGUACAACUAUCAUUGUGGCCGGACACCAAGUAUCGAGUCAAAGUGACAUGCAAAAAUAAGCUCACCGGUUUCAUGUCACGCUCCCUGCCGCUGAGCAUUGACACCUCGGAAGCGGUGAAUGCACACGAACAUACUGCUCAACAUAGAACACAAUCGCCCGAUGCCGAUGCCAUGUCAACUUCCACAACAACCGUAAUCAACAAAAUCUACAAAUCAUUCAAAAACGAACAACAACUACCACAACAAAUCGACAACAAUGCACUUGAACACGUCCAGAAUAGUAACAAUGACGAUAACUCCGCUCUAUCUGCACAUCCACGUGGCUAUGUUGCUGAAGUCGAGAAUGCUGCAGUGCUGCCAUACGACGAACACGACGACGAUCAGGAUCAGUCAGCAGAAACUCUGAAUCAGCACACGAAUUUCAUUUUCAACUGGCAUGCCAAGAAUAGUGAUAUCAGCGCCAUUGAACCACUACAGAAACCCAACCUUGACGUGUUCACCAUUGCUGCUUUCUCUGAUUUCGAGAAGCCGCUGCUAUUUGGCCUAAUCGCUGCCACCUUCAUGAUCACUAUGAUGCUGCUUGCGUAUAGGUGUUCGGUGCAACGACAUCGUUUGGCCGAGAAAGAUAUGCUAAUAAUCGAUGAUGGGGUGCAUGCGGUUGUUGUGUCAAUGCCGCCGGCCAUGUUAGCUGCGCGCACUAAUAACAAAGCGGCGGCACGAAAAGCCAUGGAGAGCGGAAGAAGUGGUUGUGGUGGUGGUGGUGGUGGUGCGCAAGGUGCGACGUCGCUAGCUUAUCAACGUGGUAGCGAUGAGGAGGAGGAGGAAUAUGAGCGCGGUGUGGAAGAGGUGUGUAGUAAUCCAGCGAUUUGCUCGAGAAAUGCGCUCAAAGUGUAAGUGAGUGUAGAUGAGUGCAAAAUGUGUGAGAGGCGCCAGUCAGUCGGCCACAAAAUGGGCAAAUUGGGGCGCAUGAGUAAUGAAGUGUUCAAACUAAAUUGAUUGAGACAGGAAUUAAGUAGCACACACUACGCGAAAAAAAAUUAAAAAAAAAAAAAAUAUUAAAAAAGAAAAUAACGAGUAAGAAUGGCGAAGAACAAAAAAAAUAUUACCUUUAGUAAUUUAAGCAACAAUAAAAUAAGAAUACAACUAAUAUGUAAAUUAAGCUACUAAAUGCAGGAAGUUGGCGGCAAACUAAUAAUAUAAUUAACAAAUAGAUGUUCUCUUUUCAUGCCACAUUUGCGGCAACUACCUUUCGAUAGCCAUACCUACAUUUAAGUAAACAUAUUUAGCUAUACAAACAAACAAAAUGCGAGUACACUUGCACUCUAAAGCAUAUUAGCAUUUGGGCUAAAAAUCAAUAUUCAUUCUAAAUAAUCAUUCGUUGCAUGCAAAAUUAUACAUUUGUGUGAUGCCAAGCUAAAAUUUUGCCUCCAGCCAAGGCACUCAUAUACAUACGUAGUAUUUAGUAGAAUAAUGUAAAAUUGCAUAAUUCAUUAUAUACAGUCAGUUGAUUGCAUUCAUUUACGUUUGAAUUUGCUACAAUUAAGCAAUUAUAUGAUUGCUCUGUAUGUGUGUGCGCGUGUGUGUGUAUGUGCAUUUGAUAAUUUGAAUGUGCUUGUGCAAGUUUAAUUACUAGAAAUUUCAACUGACAGCUCUGUGGGUGUGAAUAUGGAAAAUGUGCAUGAGACAUAGGCAAAGCCAAGUUUUGUGAGUUGUCGAGUUGGAAAUUAGAAAGUUUAAGGCAAAUUGUAAUAUAUAAAAAAUGUUAAUUUUCAAAUAUUUAAUAUGCAAGCAGUUGGUGUUUGAAUUACAGUGAAAGAUUCCACUAAGUCAAGGACAAAACAAAUUCGUUGAAAAAAUGUUGAGCAAGACAUAAAAGUUGAAG